UGGCAGGAAGUUCUCGCGAUGUUUGAUGUGGAUGCGGAAGUUUGUAGAGGGAAAGGAGGGUGCGCCCUAGUAGGGAGGGGAUAAUUCUGGGACUUUAUGAGAAGAGUGGCUGGUGCAUGGACCUGGAAGGGGUUUUCAGCAACUUUGUGAGGCGGGGCGCGACUCUGAAGAAAUGACAGAAUAUAAACUGGUGGUGGUGGGAGCAGGAGGUGUUGGGAAAAGUGCCUUAACAAUCCAGCUUAUACAGAACCAUUUUGUAGAUGAGUAUGAUCCUACUAUCGAGGAUUCCUAUAGAAAACAGGUAGUGAUUGAUGGAGAGACUUGCCUGUUGGAUAUUUUAGACACGGCUGGUCAAGAGGAAUACAGUGCUAUGCGUGACCAGUAUAUGAGGACCGGGGAAGGAUUUCUGUGUGUAUUUGCUAUUAAUAACAGCAAGUCUUUUGCUGAUAUUAAUGCCUACAGGGAACAGAUAAAACGAGUGAAAGACUCAGAUGAUGUCCCCAUGGUGCUUGUUGGAAAUAAAUGCGAUUUGCCAAGCAGAACCGUGGAUACCAAGCAAGCCCAAGAGCUUGCCAGAAGCUAUGGAAUUCCUUUCAUCGAGACCUCGGCAAAGACAAGACAGGGGGUAGAAGAUGCAUUUUACACCUUGGUUAGAGAAAUUCAUCAGUAUAGAAUGAAGAAAUUGGACAGCAGUGAAGAUAACAAUCAAGGAUGUAUCCGAAUUCCCUGCAAGCUUAUGUAAUCAGACCUUUGUUUUCCUAUGGAAGAGUCCCACUCUUUCCAAAAGCCAUUCGCACAAGAUACGACUGCUAUCAAUCCAAACAACACUUUUCAAUACCACUUACCUCCUUAACUCAUGGUCGGAUCACUGAACAUGUACUUAAACCUGUGGAAGAACUUGCCAAACUAGACGGCAAACUAGAUGCUGAUUAUGUUUUUUUUUUUGUUUUUGUUUUUUUUUUUUGGACAAGACACAGCCAACUGGAACUGUUUGUGGUAACCCAGGUAACAUCAAUCGGUGAGACAGAGCAUUACCUGGCUAUGCCCAAUGUCUUGCUGUUAUGCCCUCAUCUCAUGGUUUUAACAAAUUGUUGAGCACCUCUAUUUUUCAUUUACCAAGGUUAGGAGGCAAAACAUUCAAACCGUGUUCAAUAACUUCUCUCAGGCCAAUAUGAAGGGCAAUCUUUGACUUAAAAGACAACACUGUAAAUGAAAAUCAAAUGUGCUGUUGCCUUUUUUUUUCAUUUGGAAUAAAUAUUACUCAAGGAAACCACGGUUCCUGCAAUUACAAAUAUGACAGGGUUUCACGCAAAAAUCUAACAAAGAAAUAUGUGCUUAUUCAGUACAGAGGAGGGGAGCCAACCAUUCUGGCAAUGGUUUUCGGCUCUUUCUUUGUAACUCUGGACAUUUGGGUUACUGUGUAUUUUCACUCUGGAUGUAACAAACGGAUGUAGGAACUAAUUUAGGGAUUAAGGACAGAUGUCAAGGACCAAAGAUUAGAUAAGAUUUUUUUUUAUAUAAAUUACCUUUUGCCUUAACAGUGUAUCAUCUUGGCUAUAAUAUGUAAGUAAACAAAGCCAACUUCAUGUGAAACAUACACAGUGAAAUGGUAGUUUCUGCAUAGGCAUGUGUUUUCUACUGAAAAGAUCCUGUAUUGCUUAUUUAAAUCUAAAAAUAAUGCAAACGUCAACAGAUUUUUUCAGGAGUCAUCCCGAUUUGUCCCUGCCGCUGAAAAGCCUAGAAAACAGCCCAAAUCCUCAGUAGCAGGUAGCACGAUCGGGGACAUGGCCCGGGGUAGAGGGGUUGGUGUCUCUGCUAAUGUGAUAGCACCUUAAAAUAAUUUUCUGCUUCUUGAUGCAAUUCCAUGUCCCACGCAAUCGCUGUUGAAAGGGGCAUUCCAGUCCAGGGAUGAAGGCUGUCAACUUCCAUUUUAGACUAUUAAAUGGAGAACUAUUUCUAUGUAUUCAGUACUUGCUUUCUAAAAUUACUAUUUUAAGCUGUAUUAAUUAUUCAUUUUGUUUUUUCAAAAAUAGUCUGGUAAAGGUUUUUUGUUUGUUUUUUUUACUUAUAUUGAUACCAAGGAACAUUUUUACAUUUUUCUUUUCAACACAUAUUCAGUGAUCAAUAGUGCAGGAUUGUCCAGAAAUCAGCUUGCUCAUAAAGGGGCAGUGUACUUUCUUUUUGAACAUGAUGCAUCCCCCUAUUGAUUUAAUUAAGAAACAUCCUGUAUUGGUUUUUGUAAUUUUUUUUUUCCACUAAACAAAGUUAAACAUGGUAAUUUUC